AUGGCAGCUCCAGGUGGGAACAAGCAUGCGUUAUCCAGCUGUGUGUCCUUUGGUCGUCUUUGUCUUCUUGGUCUCAUCCUUUUUACGCUCCUUAUUUUAUGCUCUCAGCAGGUCCCUGCGGAGAUCAGCAGCAAAUAUGUGAUUCGACCACGAGAAGACUCAAGAUCGCCUCGGGCGGAUCCAGAUAUAGUUGGAUAUGUAUUUGCAGCUGCAAGAGGUCUUAGCGACAUAUCGAAGGAAGUUUCUGAGCGCUUCGAUUUGCCAACAGUGAGGUCUGCCAGCAUUCACCUUGACCGCGUACUGGCAGAGGCUACUAGAUCACAACGGAAAAACACCAAACGUGGUUUUCUGGGUGAUCUCUUUGGAGGAGGAUCAGAUUCAUCAAGUAACAGUGAUGACUUCCUAAGCGGCCUCAAAGGCAUUCUCUCGGGAGGACAACCGACGUCCAACUCAUCGGGCAGUGGCAUUCUCGAUGAUCUCCUUCAAAAAGGCGUAGGGUCGCUGUUUUCCGGGUUUACUGGUGGAUUGGACAAUCUUGCGGUCUCCUUAGGUGUUGGUCUGGGUGCUGGGACGGCCCAGGGGCUUAACCUCAGUACGCAGAACCAGAUAUCUACAAUGGCUAGCUCUGCAGCUGUGAUGAAUGGGGCGAAACCAACGGGGUUAAACCAAUUGACAACAAAAUUCGGAAGUGGCUUGACAGCUGCUAUUGUCCCCUUGGCCAUUAAAGCCUUGCCACUGAAUGGACAGACGGAUUUUGGUCAGGUCGCCUUCACGCUUGCUCAAGGUAUAGGUAAUGGGACAUCAUCAGGCUUGCGGCUAACGAACAGUACGUUCUCACCGCAGAGGGGUUCCGACUUAUCGACAUUGGCGGGCAAUCUGGGACUUGGUCUUUCCGAGCCGAUUGCGGGAAGUGUCAAUAUCAGUAAGAUACUGAGCUCUCUCAUGCCAUCAAAUCAACAAAGUCUUGGUCAGGCUGCCUUUUCCUUAGCCCAGGGUAUAGGUAAUGGAACAUCAUCUGGUCUCAGACUCAGCAAUGCAUCUUUUGCCCCAGCCAACGGAUCCGAUCUUUCGUCUUUGGCAGGAAAUGUCGGCCUGGGACUCUCGGAGCCAAUUGCACGAAAUGUGAAUAUAAGUCAACUUUUGGGAUCGGUUAUGCCAUCCAACCAGCAGAAUCUGGGUCUAGCCGCCUUCGCUUUGGCACAGGGCAUAGGAAAUGGGACAUCGUCAGGAUUACGACUUUCCAAUACUUCCUUCCAGCCGCAGAAUAGUUCAGAUCUCGCUGCCUUGGCUGGCAACCUAGGGCUUGGGAUAUCAGAACCAAUAGCAAGAAACGUCAAUAUUUCAUCCCUCUUUAACUCAGCGGUGUCAACAAGCAAUCUCAACAUCGGCCAGGCGGUCUUCUCAUUAGCACAAGGGAUAGGAAACGGCACUUCAUCAGGUUUAGGAUUGAGCAAGAAACACUUCUCCCCAUCCACUAGCUCGGACCUUGCGUCUCUGGCCGGUAACGUUGGACUAGGAAUAUCCGAACCCAUCGUUGGCAGUGUCAACCUAUCUAAAGUCCUGAACUCAGCCAUCUCCACGGAUGGACAGCAGUCACUCCUAGCACAGCUGCCUGGCGUGUUAGGAGGAGCAGGGAAAGGUUUAGGGGAGGGCGCUGCCCAAGGUCUGGGAAUCUCGAAGUCGUCUCCCGCAAAUACAUUAUCCGCAAGGUCCAACGGAAGUGUCGAUAUACCGGGCUUCGCAGAGCUUUUUACUAGAAGCCUAUCAUCCUCCUUUCUGGGAUCAGCAAACCUAUCCACGAUAACUGCAGGAGCCGGUAAUAUACAGGAGUCGCUUGUUUCGCAAUUACCUGGCGUAGCCAGUGCUCUCGGAACAGGACUCGGUCAAGGAAGCGCCCAAGGCCUUGGACUGGUUAAAGCGUCAGCCCAAAUAGCAGCUCGAGAUUCCUCUUCGAUAAAUGUUCCCUUAGUGGUCCAAGAUUUCGCACAGAGUCUAUCGUCAUCUUUUCUCUCAACUGCGAAUCUAUCCGACAUCACAAGCCAGAUUGGAGGCCAGAACCCUCUUGGCAAUUUCAGUAUAGACCAGAUCCUCCAACCUGCUGCUUUGGGUCUAGGCAGCGGACUUGGGAAAGGGGCAGCAAUAGGGCUCGGGUUGAAAAAAGCAGAAAACACAGCAGAUGCCACAGACUCCUCAGCUUCUGGCUUGGACGUGGAAGCCAUCACGAGCGACUUCGCUCAGGGAUUGUCCCAGUCGUUCCUUGCCAAUGGUACUCUCAACAACUUGAUGUCUCAGUCUGGAAACCUGCUAGGAGAUUCGACUAUAAACCUGGGCAAAGUUGGAGAAGGACUAGCCCGAGGAUUAGUUGGAGGAGCAGCUGAUGCCAUCGACAGUGCCGGAGGCCUGCAAAACAUCAUCGAUGGCAACGGAGUUGUGAGUGUCAUCCCAAAUUCAUCCUUUGGACAGUCCGCCAUAUCAUUCAACGACUCCGUGGGAGGCGCAGCAGCCGGGUUCGGUCGAGGACUCGGAGGGGAGGGAGUUGCUCUUCUGGUGUCCUUACUUCACAAUGGCACCACGGGAUCGACUCAAGCUGCCACUGUGAAAAGAAGAGAUGACUCUCCUUUUCUCAGGCUCACAGGACCUACAACCCCAAGUCCAAUUGGACACCCAGACCUAACGAGAACAGUCCAUGCAAAAAGAGCGCAAACAGGCGGCAUAUUCUCAACCAUAAACAUCACACUCAUAGACAGCCUAUUACAAAAGUCCUCCGAUGCACUCACAUGCGAGGGCAUAGGAGGUCUUUUCGGUGUCCUAAGCGGACUGAUGGCAAGCAAGACUCUCCCCCAAAGCAUAAGCUCCACUGACGACCUCAAUUCAUCUGCUCUCGGUCUACCAACUACCCCUGUUACUAUCCAGAAUUCAGGAAACGAGUUCAAUAUCGAUCUGCAGAAAAUCACUCUUUCAGUAAACGGACUUUCGGUGGUCAAAUUCGCAGUUCUCACUGCGCUACAUGUUCUAUUCGUCAUAUCAGCAUAUUUCUUCAUCCUCCCUUCCAUUCUCUCCCUUCAUCUAAUCGAACGCAUCGCCCAACUAAGCAACAAGCCAUUAAGAACCAACAAAUCAAAACGCUGGAGUAAAUAUCUCGAAUACUUCAUCUAUCUCCCCUUAUCCAUCUCCGGAACUAUCCUCGGUAUCAUCGGGAUGGGUUCCUCUCGCCAUCUUCGCACCGCUCACGGAAUCAUAGGACUAAUAACACUAAUCCUAACGAUCCUCUCUUUCGCCUUCUCGCAUGCUAUCACCAUGAUCUUCGAAAAUAACAAUAAAGCUAAAGCGAAAAUCACAACUAUCAGCACAGUCAUGACAUAUACCCUCCUCGGUAUAUCUUUUCUAGCUAUGAUAUCAGGCUUUUCGGAUCUUCGGUCCUUUUCAUUCUGUAUUCUUCAGAAUAUCCCGCUUCCGAUCCUCGUGGGGAUUGGGGUUGGGAUCGUGGGCGGCGUUAAUGCGUUUGGGACGUUAUUGGGUGUUAAAUGGUGGCUAGAGAGACGGGGGGUGCAGCAGGGGAAGGAGAAGGGCGGUGAUGAUUCUGAGAGAGAUAGGAGGAAGAUGGUGGCUAUUAGUCGGCCAAUGCCUAUGGCUGCGUCUGUGAUGGAGGAGGUUCGAGUUGGGAAAUCGAGGUUUUCGGAUGGAUGA